CUGGAAAAUGUACGCUUCUCCACAUAAUUUCUGGGCACAGACUGUCCACCGUGGAUGCUCCAUUGCAUCCACAAACAAUUUCUCUCUCCUCCCAAAAAUAAUCACAAACUACAGUUGCUUACUACCUGGGGAAUUUCAAACAAAUUUACUGCUAAUUAUGAACAAUAUGAGUUAAUCAUAUUGCAUUUCUGCUCCUCAUAUUGGAAAUAUGGCGGAUUCUAUGGUCUUUUCCCAUUGCUUCAAGGGUUCUGAAGUUACAUAUAGGAAGAUUGUCAAUAAAACCUCUUAUGUUGAAAACUCAAGUUUUCGAAGGUAUUCUUUUCAUUUAUUAUCUUCCAGGGAUCGCCUGGUCCAACUGCCUUCAUGCAGAAGCCCUCCAAGGUUGCAAGAAUCCUAUAUUACAAGGAGUGGAUUGGAGAAAUUAUCAACACCGGUUCCAGCAUUUUUUAGUCAUAGAAAAUUAUUCUUUUCAGGCUCUAGUUCAGAUGACAGUAAAAGAUUUCAGUCGCAUGCUGUGGUUGAUGUUGCCAGUGCUGUUGAUGUCAUUAAUGACUUGGGGUUGGAUACCUUAACAUUCUUGGUGGUUACUGUCGUCAUUGUCCCUGUGUUCAGAACUAUAAGGGCUAGCCCUAUACUUGGUUUCUUCUUUGCUGGCGUUAUUCUAAAUCAAUUUGGGCUCAUUAGAAAUCUUACUGAUGUUAAGGUUCUCUCAGAGUGGGGUAUCCUUUUCCUGCUUUUUGAGAUGGGUUUAGAGCUUUCACUUGCGCGUUUGAAGGCCCUUGCUAUAUUCGCUUUUGGUAUUGGAUUGCCUCAGGUUCUGUUGUCCACACUUGCUUUCACAGCAUUUGAGCUUCCUCCAAAUGAGGCAAUCGGUACAAAACUUCUGAUGUUUUUGUUUCAUUCACGACCCGAUUUGGUUAAUAUCAGGAGUAUUGACGAGGCCAUAGUCAUAGGUGCUGCCCUAUCAUUGUCAUCUUCCGCCUUUGUCUUACAGCUUCUUGCUGAGAAGGGUGAGCUUCCAACAAGAUUUGGCUCGGCUACUUUGGGAAUUCUUCUGCUGCAGGAUAUAGCAGUGGUCCCUCUACUGGUGAUACUCCCGGUGCUAGAAAGCCAGAAUUUAGGAGAACAAAGCAUAUUGCCAACGCUUGUCAAAGAAAGUCUGAAAGCUUUACUUGGGCUUGGAUUGCUCUCCCUUGGAGGGAAAUUAGUCCUGAGGCGAAUCUUUGAGGUUGUUACAGAAACAAGGAGCUCAGAAGCUUUUAUUGCUCUCUGCUUGCUUACAGUUGCUGGGACUUCACUUGUUACACAAAAGCUUGGCUUCAGUGACACGCUCGGAGCAUUUUUGGCUGGUGCCAUACUGGCAGAAACAAAUUUCCGGACACAAAUAGAAGCUGAUAUAAGGCCAUUUAGGGGUUUACUUCUUGGGUUGUUCUUUGUCACUACAGGAACUUCUAUUGAUACGCAGCUACUUUUACGGGAAUGGCCAAAUGUUCUCGCGCUCCUAAGUGGGCUGAUUGCUAUUAAGACAAUGAUAAUAACAUUUUUAGGUCCUAGAGUUGGACUAACCUUGCGUGAAAGCGUAAGAAUAGGAUUCCUUUUGUCCCAAGGAGGUGAAUUUGCAUUUGUGGUUUUCUCUCUUGCAAAUAGGCUUGGAGUAUUACCGCUUGAGCUCAACAAACUACUCAUAAUUGUUGUUGUGCUGUCAAUGUCACUGACGCCUUUCCUAAACGAACUUGGACGGCGAGCUGCUGAUUUUGUUGGUGAAAAUUUUGAAGCAGAUAUCAUAGCUGCAGAGAACUUGAACUAUGACGCUAGUGAACCAGUGGUUAUUCUUGGAUUUGGACAAAUGGGUCAGGUCCUUGCAAACCUUUUGUCAGCACCAUUGGCAUCAGGUUCAAAUGGUGAAGCUGCGGGUUGGCCAUAUGUUGCUUUUGAUCUUGAUCCUACCGUUGUCAAGUCAGCAAAGAAGCUAGGGUUCCCAGUGUUAUUCGGUGAUGGAUCAAGACCGACAGUAUUACAGUCUGCUGGCAUAUCUUCUCCUAAAGCUGUGUUAGUCAUGUACCCUGAUAAGAACAAGACAAUGGAAGCGGUUAAAAGCAUUCGGCUCACCUUUCCGUCGGUCCCAAUAUAUGCGUUAGCUCAAGAUCUUAAGCAUCUAUUGGAAUUGAAAAGAUCAGGUGCAAAUGAUGCAAUCAUUGAGAAUGCAGAGACAAGCCUACAGCUCGGAUCUAAGCUUCUUAAAGGAUUUGGUGUAAUGUCAGAUGAUGUAGAUUUCCUGAGUCAGCUUGUUCGAAACUCAAUGGAGAUCAAAGCUCAAGAUGCAGCUGAUAAUACAGAUGAUCAAGAAGUCACUGUUAUGAAGCCUCAGCAGUUUCGAGUUACAGAUAUGAUCACUUCGAAAACAGUGGAAGCUGUAGCUGCAGCUGUUGAGACUGAGGAUAGCUUCUCGGAAUCAGGUCAGCUGAGUGAAGAUGAGGCUUCAGCUGAUACUCUUUCCUGCAAGUCCCCAAAUGACAGGAUGUGAAAUUCUGACGAUUUUUUUUUUGUACAUGAUGUAUUUUUCUGUGAUUAAUGUGGUGUAUCCCUAUUAUUACUCUUACUACAGUUAUUGUCACACACUAAUUUCUCCGGAAAAUGAUUUUAUGACGAGUUUGUUUUUGUGA